AUAGACUCACCUGCCGGCAUUGGGCAUCAUUAAAUAAAAAACACUCGUUCAAUUAACAACUCCAGUGAAGAGGACGCCCAGUUGCAAGGAUAUUUCUGUCAAUUGGAUUACACGUUUGUGCCGCGAACAAGAUGAAGAACUUUGCUUUCUGUCUUUUGGCCACCGCCUUGAUGAGCUGCUGCCAGGCUGCUCCCCAAAAGGCCGACGAGCCCAUCGCCAUCAUCAGCCAGGAGUCCAAUAUUGAACCAGAUGGAUCGUACAACUAUGCGUAUGAGACGGCAAACGGCAUCAAGGCCGAGGAGACCGGAACCCUGAAGAAGGCCUCCUCCCCGGACGCCAGUGACGUGAUCGUUGCCCGUGGUUCGGUGUCCUACACGUCGCCCGAGGGCAACCUCAUCACCCUGACUUACUCCGCCGACGAUGAGAACGGCUUCCAGCCACAGGGCGACCAUCUGCCCACACCACCACCCAUCCCACCAGCGAUCCAGAAGGCCUUGGACUACCUCCUCAGCCUGCCGCCCGCAAAGCGUCGUUAAGCGAUGGGAGACGUAGAAAGAGGAUUACCAACCGGAUAUAGACCCAUGAUUCUGGCCCUUGAUUCCGACUCGAAACCACAAAUGUGAAGAUGCUGCUGUUGUUAUUGCUGCACCACCCACUGCACUACCCUAUCUCCGCCUAGACAAUCCACAUCCAGACACACCAGCCAUGCCCCCGAGGGAAUAUCUGUUUUGGGGGGCGAUCGGCCGAAUCCACUGACUGAAGAACACAGACUCAAACACGGGUUUGAGGGACAACACUCUACUCUCAGAUACAAGACACAAGAUACACUUGUCUGCUCUCUUGCUUUCUUCCAAUAAGCCUUACUUCAACGUCUCUUCUACGCGAAUUUCUUCAGAUCUUUUAGUCGCCGGAACUCUGCCAUUUUCGGACUCAUGUGAUAUCGUCGAUUUAUCAAUGAAAUCAACAAAGAAAAUGUAAAAAAAAAAUAUACAAGACAAACAAAAAAAUUACUUAAAUAAUAUACAGGAAUAUUAUAUCCACAGCAAACUGUUUUGUGUAAAUAGUCUGUAAAUUAGAAACAUUUACACGUACGUAGUCUAAGUUCUCGUCGUGAACAACUAUGAAGAUAUAUUCUUUAGCCUUAGCUGCAAAUAAAGAAUUAAUGAUUCUUUCGAAAAGUAAA